AUGUCUUCUGCUACUGAGAGUAGAGAGGCAGCUCCAGGGAAACAAAAUGAAGAAAAAACCUACAAAAAGACUGCGUCAUCUGCUAUCAAAGGUGCUAUCCAGCUGGGGAUCGGCUACACAGUGGGCAAUCUCACUUCCAAGCCAGACCGAGAUGUGCUCAUGCAGGACUUCUACGUGGUGGAAAGCGUGUUCCUCCCCAGUGAAGGGAGCAACCUGACCCCAGCACAUCAUUACCCGGACUUCCGAUUUAAGACGUACGCUCCCCUGGCCUUCCGGUACUUCCGAGAACUUUUUGGUAUCAAGCCUGAUGACUACCUGUACUCCAUCUGCAGCGAGCCACUCAUUGAGCUGUCCAACCCCGGGGCCAGCGGGUCCUUGUUCUUUGUGACCAGUGACGACGAGUUCAUCAUCAAGACUGUCCAGCACAAAGAGGCCGAGUUCCUCCAGAAGCUUCUGCCGGGCUACUACAUGAACUUAAACCAGAACCCCAGGACUCUUCUGCCCAAGUUCUACGGCCUGUACUGCAUGCAGUCCGGCGGGAUCAAUAUCCGGAUCGUGGUGAUGAACAACGUGCUGCCUCGGGCCCUGCGGAUGCACUACACCUACGACCUCAAAGGCUCCACGUACAAGCGGCGAGCGUCCCGCAAGGAGAGGGAGAAGCCCAGCCCCACCUUCAAGGACCUGGACUUCCUGCAGGACAUGCACGAGGGGCUGUAUUUCGACACGGAGACCUACAACGCCCUGAUGAAAACACUGCAGAGAGACUGCCGGGUCCUGGAGAGCUUCAAGAUCAUGGACUACAGCCUUCUGCUGGGGAUCCACGUCCUGGACCAUUCCCUCAAGGACAAGGAGGAGGACGCCUCCCCAAACAUGCCGGACCCCAAGCGGCCAGGGGUGCAGAAGGUCCUCUACUCAACGGCCAUGGAGUCCAUCCAGGGUUCUGGGAAAUCGGGAGAUGGGCUCAUCACGGAGAACCCGGACACGAUGGGCGGCAUCCCAGCUAAAAGCCAUAAAGGAGAGAAGCUGCUUUUAUUUCUGGGCAUCAUUGACAUCCUCCAGUCGUACAGGUUGAUGAAGAAGCUGGAGCACUCCUGGAAGGCGCUGGUUUAUGAUGGGGACACGGUCUCCGUCCACAGACCAAGUUUUUAUGCAGACAGAUUUCUUAAGUUUAUGAAUUCUAGAGUUUUCAAGAAAAUCCAUGCUGUGAAGGCCUCACCCUCUAAAAAGCGGUGCAAUUCCAUCGCUGCCCUGAAGGCGGCCUCGCAGGAGAUCGUCUCCUCCAUGAGCCAGGAGUGGAAGGACGAGAAGCGAGACCUGCUGACGGAAGGGCAGAGUUUCAGCAGCCUCGAUGAAGAAGCUCUGGGAUCCCGCCACCGCCCCGACCUGGUGCCCAGCACCCCGUCGCUGUUUGAAGCUGCUUCCUUGGCAACCACCGCCUCGUCAUCUUCCUUGUACGUCAGCGAGCAUCCUGUACAGGACAGGGCGACGCUCUACUCCAACAGGUGA